ACGUAGCACAUGUACGUAAUGAUAACUCGGGCACCCUUCAGUUGCACUUGAUUCUAUCUACACCUUGGCGUUUUGUCCAUUGCUUUACAUUUAUCGGUCAUGCAUAUAUUAAACGCAGGGUGUUUGGGUUCUACGUGCGGAGGCUGCUGCAACGUACUGCCAACAACUGCUCUAGGGUGCAAUAUAAAUGCGUUUGGCGCUAACGCCAGGUGCUGCGGUGCGCAAGGUUGUUGCGGAGGUUGUUGCCGAGAAUCUUUUGAUGAAGACCAUUUUGACGAGCAAAUGAAAAGGGAGAUGGAGCGGACGAAAGAUACCAGCCGGCCUGUCGAAACUCAGCCUGGGCCAUCUGUUAACAUGGCCGCGAACUUGAGGGAGGGCACAAGAGGGGGCCUUAACAAUGCUUCACCAGCGUCGCAACAAUCAUGAUCGCAACAAGGGUUCGGAAAGCGUGAGCAAGAUACGGGCAUGCUAAUUGUUUUAACAGCUAGCGGGUAUGUUUGAGCUCUUGCGCGUGUUGAACCUAGUAGGAAAUU